GCCAUCUGCAAAGUCCACCAUGUUCCGCACCGUGUCCGCCUCGGCCAUGCGCCACCUGCACGCCAAGCGGCUGACACCUGCUGCUGGGGCUGCUUUGAGCGUCCCAGGUGCCGCUGUAAAUGCAUCCAUCGUUCCUCGACUCCAUGGGAUUGCGUCGAUGUCGACGACAUACCCUCGGGCGUGUGUGACCCCGGCACACGUCCGCGGUGAUGUCACGACUAUUGCGAUUGCGGUUGCCGCCGUGUUGGGUGCAGCUGGCGUGGGAAAGAUCUGGUGGGACGCUUCGUCGUCGCAAACUGGCGUGAACAAGGACAACUUGGCGAGUUAUUUUAACGAACUGGCCGAUAUCGUCGAGGAAUUGGUGAGCCAAAUGCCGCAACUAAUGGACGCCGUCAUGCAGCAAGCGCGCGCGACGGGCCAGCAAAUCACGGAAGCCCAAGUGAAGGCCAUGCUGGUCGAACGACUCGGCCAGGCCGUGCAAAUGGCUGACCAAGACUUGGCUAGAAAGUACAAGUUCGACCAAGAGGCCAUCGAGACGGCGAUGGUCGAGCUCCAACACGAGCCGAAAGUCCAAGCCGCCAUUGCGCGGUUGCAAUCUGUGAUCGAAAACAGUCCUUUGGGGGAAACGGUCGAAGUGCCGGCCGAUUUGACCGCGGACAGAACGCUCGAGAUCAUGACGUUGGUUCUGGACGGCGUGAGUCGCGCGAUGGAGGAAGCGUUGGCGGAAGCAAAGCAAGCAGGGAUGAAGAAUGUCAACCUGGAAGGGCACAUGUGGCAAGAAAACUACAUGCAAAAGACGUACGCAUACACGGCCGAAAUUCACGAAAAAUUCGCCGUCACGGAGCCUAUCUUGAACGCCGCCAUCAACAAGCACAGCCAAGAGGACCCGGCGUUCCAGGCGAAACUUCAAGCCCUUCUGGAAAAGCACCAGGCCAACUUUCAACGCAUGGGACUGCAAGUUGAAUAGAACGGAUGAGGCAUGCGCGACGAUAGACAUCUCAGGCGAUCACAAUACACCACCUCCCUCUCCUUCUCGUUUUGCGUCGCAGCAGGGGCGACCGCUUUGUACAUCGCACAAACUGGUGUGCACGGUGUACG